GUGAGAUGUUUUAAGCCAAGCUAUUUUCACUUAUACACAACACUUGAGCUACACACUUUCAUUCAGCUAAACUCUUUCAUUAUGUGUCUGCAACUGAUCAUCUCUAUCUUCCUACUUCUUCCCCAACUACUCUCCGCCGCUCUUCAUGCCAAACCGGGAUGCCAGGACCGGUGCGGGGAUUUAAUGAUUCCAUAUCCAUUUGGAGUCGGCCCAAAUUGCAGCCACAGCUCAUAUUUUGACAUAAACUGCAAUUCUUCCACUGACCACCCUCCAAAAGCUUACCUCUCCAUUAUGAAAAAACAAGUGAUUGAAUUCAAUCAAACUUACAUUCGCCUCAAAAACCCCUACAUGAUUUCGGCGUGCUAUGAUGAUCUGUCAACGGACAAUCAACAUAUCCUGACUAUGAACCUGUCGGGAACUCCGUAUAUGCUCUCGGAUGUAAGCGUGCUUACUGCCAUCGGGUGUGAUGAUAUGGUGCUGCAAUUCGAAGGAAGUUCAGUCCUUGGCGGCUGCUCGGCGUUUUGUGCUCACAACAGUGAUGCCGCCUUCGGAGAUUGCCAGUUCAAUGGUUGUUGCCAUCAAAAUAUCGGCGGUAAUUGUGUGGAGUUUUGUUUUGAUCGCAAUCCAAGUGAAAAAGAACAACUACUUUCUUGGAAGCAGAACUGAUUGAUUUAAGCCGAAAAUCACAACGUGAAAAGCAUUUCCCAUGCAGCUAUGCCUUUAUCCAAGAGAGGACAGGGAGGAAUGAAACCGUAUUUUCAUAUCCUUUGUACUAUCUGAGUAACUCAACAGCAUUGGUAAAUGAUGAUUGGGCAUCAGCAUCAAGGCCACCGGUAGUGCGCUUGGACUGGAUGUAAUAAUAUUUAU